AACUUGAAAGCUGUCAUGGCAGCAGAGCGAACUAAGGGUUUUUGCCAUGUGGUGGUUUCGUCUAACCUGCGAGAUGGUUUCUCCCUCCUCAUCCAAUCAGCAGGACUGGGAGGAAUGAAACACAAUGCCGUCCUGAUGGCCUGGCCAGCGGGUUGGAAACAAGCCCGGGACUCUUCUGCGAGGAGGAAUUUCAUAGAAACAGUGAGAGAGACAACAGCAGCGCAUCAGGCUCUGCUGGUUGCUAAGAACAUUGACCGCUUCCCUGAUAACCACGAACGUCUGAAGAACGGAUUCAUCGAUGUGUGGUGGAUUGUACAUGAUGGUGGACUGCUUAUGCUGCUGCCAUUUUUACUUAGCCAGCACAAGGUAUGGAGGAAGUGCAAAAUGCGGAUCUUCACAGUGGCCCAGAUGGAUGACAAUUCCAUCCAGAUGAAGAAAGAUCUCCAGAUGUUUCUCUACCAUCUGCGACUGGAUGCAGAGGUGGAGGUGGUGGAAAUGCAUGACAGUGAUAUUUCAGCCUUCACCUAUGAGAAGACGCUGAUGAUGGAGCAGAGAUCUCAAAUGCUCAAACAGAUGCAGCUGUCUCGCACUGAGAGGGAGAGAGAGAUUCAGAGUAUCACAGAUGUAUCGCGUGGCUCCAUAAAGAGGAAGAAGUCAUCAGGUGUUGAUGCCCCACCCCUCAACACCCUGUGCAUACCAGAGGAUGAGGCCCAGUUGAUCCAUGACCGCAACACGGCCUCUCACUCUGCAACAAAUGACAAAGCUGCAGGCGCCACACCAGAUCGUGUCCAUAUGACCUGGACCAAAGACAAACUGGUCAGCGAGAGGAACAGACAAAGAGAAGGCAUGGCAGUUAAAGACAUGUUUAAUAUGAAACCUGAGUGGGAGCAUCUGAGCCAGUCCAAUGUGCGCAGGAUGCACACAGCUGUGAAGCUCAAUGAGGCAGUCGCCAAGAAAUCCCAUGAUUCACAGCUGGUCUUGCUCAACAUGCCAGGCCCACCAAAGAACAAGAAAGGGGAUGAGAACUAUAUGGAAUUCUUGGAAGUUCUGAUGGAAGGCUUAGAUCGUGUCCUGUUGGUUCGUGGAGGAGGUCGGGAGGUCAUUACCAUCUACUCUUAGUGCCAACAUGUUCCUAACUGUUCAGAGGGACACUGGAAGAAAACAUGGUUGUGCAGUCAGCACUGGGGGAGUUGACAAAGAGGGGGAUGGCUUCAAGAUGGGACAUGGACAAAGACAGUGGAGAUACAGCACAGACCCCCUCACACUUGUCAGGAGAAAAGAAUUGAGUGUAGCUUAACAUUUUGGAGGACUAAGGUCACUGUGACCGUCAGGGAGACCUCUCUACACACCCUUGGCUCAGUGCAUCAUCUCAGGACAUAGAGGGCCCUCUACACAAUGUCCUCCUAAGGCUCCAUAGCUCCCCCACGUCUCUACACUGGUAGAUGAGAAGCUGCCCUGUAGAGAUGUUCUUUCCUCAGAUAUACCAAAAACAUUUUGGAAGAAAGAACACUAACUGCAAAAUGUUAUUUUUAGUAUUUUAUAGCUUUUCAUAGCUAUCAGUAAGCCUAUUGGUUUCAGGAAUGUUGACAUGCCUGACUGUCUUUUUUUUCAGUGCCAUUGACGUAACUUUUCACUGAUACACAGUAUGACUGACUUUGGAAUGACAGGAUGAGUUGUGUUCUUAAGUCAUCAUGUAUAUUACAGAAUGUCAUGCUUGUCUCAUAUUGCUGUCUAAGAAGUUAGGACCAAAGUUUCUCUUAUUACAAUAAGGACAGUUAAAAAGAAAAUAUAGUAGUAUUGAUUGGAAUUAAUAGGUAAGAUUGUCUUGAACUCUGCUCACCUGUGUUAAUGUCAGAGAUAAUAUUAACAUGCCUUGUGCAAUCAAAAAGGAAGAGUAUAUAUUGUGUUUCUUCAUUCAUUUUUAUGUGCCUGUAAAUGGAUUAAUAAAGGUUUAAUGUGAAGGAACACUGGCUGAAGCCCAGAACAUACCCACAUAUAUCAUGUCUUUAUACACAACAGCAAUAAUGUGGGAGAUCACACUUUGGUGGGGCCUUCCACACAGAGUCAGUGUUUUAGCUGAUCUUGUGCCCCUUGGAAAUGUGAAAACAUACUAACUUGUCUUCAUGAUUUAAAGAGAGCAGCAUUAAAAGGUAAUUCCAGUUUGUUGUAGCAAUAUUGCUGUAUUCAUAACAAGACCCAAAUUGUAAUAAAUCAGAAUUAUCUUUA